CUGAAGAAGACAGGCGCAUGGCUUUCAGACAUAUGAAAAAAUGCUCAUCAUCUUUAAUCAUCAGAGAAAUGCAAAUCAAAGAGAUAUCAUUGAGAUAUCAUCUAACUCCACUGAGACUAGCCUAUAUCACAAAAUCUCAAGACCAGAGAUGUUGGCGUGGUUGCGGAGAAAAGGGAACACUUCUGCACUGCUGGUGGGAAUGCAAAUUAAUACAUUCCUUUUGGAAAGAUAUAUGAAGAACACUCAGAGAUCUAAAAAUAGAUCUGCCAUUCAAUCCUGUAAUUCCUCUGCUGGGCAUAUACCCAGAAGACCAAAAAUCACAACAUAACAAAGAUAUUUGUACCAGAAUGUUUAUUGCAGCCCAAUUCAUAAUAGCUAAGUCAUGGAAAAAGCCCAAGUGCUCAUCAAUCCACGAAUGGAUUAAUAAAUUGUGGUAGGACAAUGGUUCCGUGUGACCCACCGCCAAACACUAUUAGCUCCGUCUGGCUCAGCGGCUCAGACUGGGGCCCUAGACAACGGCCUCCGCACUCCCGCUCAGGCCCUCCCCAAGGCAGUUCAACUCAGUGCCAAGUCCAAGGACACCAAAACAGUUCACAGAUCAUGACUCUCUCCCCCUCUGAGGAGACUAAUCACAUGGAACUUCUCAGCUCAGCCUGUGACUCGACCCCUGCUGACCCUCACUCCUUUAACUCCCGAAUGGCUAGCUUUGAUACUUCUUUGCCUGACAUGAAUAAUCUGCAGAUUUCUGAGGGUUCAAAGGUGGAAGCUGCGCGGGAAGAGGAGGACACCACUGGGCAUGAAGAUGAUCUUUCUGGUUCCAUCAAUGAACUCCCAGCAACUUUCGAAUGCAGUGACAGCUUUAGCCUGGACAUGACUGAGGCAGAGGAAAAAAGCAACAGAGCACUGGACCAGUUUACACUUGCAAGCUUCAGAGAAGGCGACAGGGGAGUCUCCCCGCCUCCCUCACCCUUCUUCCAGGCCAUCCUUGCCGCCUUCCAGCCCACGGCCUGCGACGACGCUGAGGAGGCCUGGCGCAGCCACAUCAACCAGCUCAUGUGCGACGCGGACGGCUCCUGCGCCGUGUACACCUUUCACGUGUUCUCCUCCCUGUUCAAGAAUAUUCAGAAAAGGUUCUGCUUCCUAACUUGUGAUGCAGCCAGUUACCUUGGUGAUAACCUCCGGGGAAUUGGAUCCAAAUUUGUCAGCUCUUCCCAGAUGCUCACCUCCUGCUCUGAAUGCCCUACGCUUUUCGUGGAUGCUGAAACUCUCCUUUCUUGUGGGCUUCUGGACAAGCUCAAGUUCAGUGUUCUAGAACUGCAAGAAUAUUUGGAUACCUACAACAACAGAAAAGAGGCCACUCUCUCAUGGCUUGCAAAUUGUAAGGCAACAUUUGCAGGAGGAUCAAGAGAUGGAGUCAUCACCUGUCAACCAGGGGACUCAGAAGAAAAGCAAUUGGAACUGUGUCAGAGAUUAUAUAAACUACACUUCCAGCUGCUAUUGCUUUUUCAGUCCUACUGUAAGCUCAUCGGCCACGUGCAUGAAGUUAGCUCCAUGCCAGAGCUGCUGAAUAUGUCCAGGGAACUGAGUGACCUAAAGAAACACCUGAAAGAAGCCACAGCAGCCAUCACCGCGGACCCUCUUUAUGCAGAGGGUACGUGGUCUGAGCCAUCCUUCACGUCCACGGAAGCAGCCAUCCAGUCCAUGCUGGAGUGCCUGAAGAACAACGAACUGGGCAAAGCUUUGCGGCAAAUCAGGGAAUGCAGAAGUCUAUGGCCCAAUGACAUCUUUGGAAGCAGUUCUGAUGACGAAGUCCAGACACUACUGAAUAUUUAUUUCCGUCACCAAACUCUGGGACAGACGGGUACUUAUGCAUUGGUGGGGUCCAACCAGAGCCUCACUGAGAUCUGCACCAAGCUGAUGGAGCUGAACAUGGAGAUCCGGGACAUGAUCUGCAGGGCCCAGAGUUACCGAGUCCUCACUGCCUUCCUUCCAGACUCCAGCGUUUCUUGGCACUAGUCUCUGACAGGAGCCUCCCAGGCCCCAUGGGUUCCAUGCUGGCACUGCUGCCAUGCUGGGGCGACAUCCUUCAGUGUCUUCUCAGCCUUCAAAAGGCUUGGACAGACUGUUCUCCCUCUUGUUACCUGUAGGGCUUUUUCUAAAGAGGAUGGCGGAACUUCCAACCUGUAGCAAUACUAUAAGAACCAAGGUAGCUUAGAACGCCCUGGGACAGCUUCCAUCCACCACGCCAUGUGGCACAGGCGUGUGAUCAUUUCAUUCAGCAUACACAACUCACUACUGAAGCGGUGACUUCCAUUGCAUACCAAAGCCGACUGCUCUGAAGAGUACCUUCCUUUCUAGACACAAUUUUAGAUUGGCAAAAGUGCAAUGUUUUCUUCACUAAAAGAAAAUUUUAUAUUCUAAAACUUGUACAUUCUUUCCCUCGUCUUCCUUUUUUCAUUUUCUUUUUUCUUUUCCCUUUCUUCAGAGGAUAGAGAGAGGCAGGCAGAAUGAAGCUGGCCACUGAAAAUUGUAAGAUGGUCAAAAGCUGACAGACUGUAUGUAUGAAAAGGGAAUUGUAAAUGGACUACAAUUUAAUGUACACUGUAAUUCGAAUACAAUUACUGUAUCUAAAAGGAGCUGCUAUAAAGUAUCUUCCUUGUGUUGCUAGGCUACUGUUCCCGAAGGCCCUGGGUCUCUUUGCACCAAAAAUGGUCCAGAUAGACUCUUUUUAAGGACCUUGGCUGCUUUUUACUAGAAAGUUGCUUUUUUGAGCAUAAUUAUACUACAGAAGGAUGAGUGUUAAUUUUAAUUAACUUGGCCAUUUUGUAGAGAAAAAUUAUUCACAAUAUAAAUUCCAAAUCUCUUCACCUGUCACACAUGCAUAUUUUAAUAUCCAGUUGGAUAGCCGGAAGUAGAAUCAUAACGGUAAAACACAAGUUGUCACUUUCUUAAGAAAUGUCAUAUUUGUUUGUAAUAUAUAUGUAAAGGGCCAUUCUUAAGUCCCCCCCCCUUAAACUUAAUGCUGUCAAGUGUUAGAUGGAUGCAUGUGAACUUGUUGCACAUCAGAAAACAUAUUCAAAGUUUAUCUAUGUAACUUAUUCACUCUGUAAAUACAUUUAAAGUUUUUGUGAUGUAAUCUUGACUGAGAUUCUGUUCAGAACUUCCUUUAGACAAAAAAAAAAAAAGACAAAGUAAAAAAAUAAAUAAAUAAAUAAAUUGUGGUAUAUGUAUACCAUGGAAUACUAUGCAGCCUUAAAGAAAGAUGGAGACUUUACCUCUUUCAUGUUUAAGAUGGAUGGAGCUGGAACAUAUUCUUCUUAGUAAAGUAUCUCAAGAAUGGAAGAAAAAGUACCCAAUGUACUCAGCCCUACUAUGAAACUAAUUUGGGGCUCUCA